AUGGCGGACGCCAUCACCGAAGCGACGGCCAAGCUGUUUCUGGACGAGGAGACGGGCGAGAUGGUGUCCAAGAACGAGCUCAAGAAGCGCACCCAGAAGCGCGCAAAGAAGGCAGCCACCGCGAAGGCAAAGGGAGCUGCAGCGCCCAAAGAAAAUGCCGCGCCCAAACCAAAGGCAAAGGUAGACGAGCCCGCCCUCGACCCGGAGCUCAUGUUCAAGCAGGGCUUCCUCAACGAUGUUUUCGAAGAGCGCCCCAAGAAGCCUGUCACAACCCGAUUCCCUCCCGAACCCAACGGAUUCCUACACAUUGGACAUGCGAAAGCCAUUACCGUCAACUUCGGCUUUGCCAAGUACCAUGGGGGUAAAUGCUACUUGCGAUAUGACGACACCAACCCCGAGGCUGAGGAGGAGAAAUACUUCACUGCCAUCGAGGAGAUGGUACGGUGGCUCGGCUUCAGUCCCCACAAGAUCACAUAUUCGAGCGAUAACUUCCAGAAGCUGUACGACCUAGCAGAGAAGCUUGUUGGGCAGGGAAAUGCCUACGUCUGUCACUGCAAUGACGACGAGAUAAAGGCUCAGCGCGGCGGUGAAGAACAUGGCGACCGUUUCCGAUGUUCCCACGCAGACCAGAGCCCCGAGACCAAUCUGGAAGAGUUCAGGGGUAUGCGUGAUGGAAAAUACAAACCCAGAGAGGCUUUUCUACGAAUGAAGCAGGACAUCACCGACGGAAACCCCCAGAUGUGGGAUUUGGCCGCAUACCGCGUUCUCGAGAAACCACAUCACCGCACCGGGUCCAAAUGGCGGAUAUACCCUACCUACGAUUUUACCCAUUGUUUAUGUGAUAGUUUCGAGGGCAUCACCCACUCGCUAUGCACCACUGAGUUUGUCCAGAGCCGCGUAAGUUACGAGUGGCUCAACAAGACGCUCGGCGUGUACGAGCCGAUGCAGCGCGAGUACGGUCGUCUGAGCAUAACUGGAACUGUGCUCAGCAAGCGGAAAAUUAUGAAGCUAGUCACCGAAAAGUACGUACGUGGCUGGGACGACCCCCGUCUGUACACCCUGAUCGCCAUCAAGAGACGUGGUGUGCCGCCGGGAGCUAUCCUUGAAUUCGUCAAUGAACUUGGUGUGACGACUGCGCCGUCUGUCAUUCAGCUGGUACGUUUUGAGCAGACCAUCCGAAGAUACUUGGAGCGGACGGUGCCCAGAUUGAUGUUGGUGCUCGACCCUAUACCCGUUAUUAUCGACGGCGCAGAAGAGCUUGAGGUGGACGUGCCGUUCUCUCCCAAGAACCCUGCCAUGGGAUCCCACAAGAUCAAGUUUACGCCUACCGUCUACAUCGAUCGAUCUGAUUUCCGCGAGGAGGACAACAAGGACUACUUCCGUCUGGCACCCAAUAAGACUGUGGGACUCUUGCACGCCCCUUACCCAAUCAAGGCCGUAUCUUUCUCCAAGGAUGAGACCACCGGCAAGGUUACAGAGGUGCGCGCCGUCUUCGACAAGGAAACCAAGAAACCCAAGACCUUCAUCCAGUGGGUGGCCACAGAGUCUCGCACCGCCGAGGUUCGCAUCUACAACUCGCUGUUCAAAUCCGAAAAACCGGACAACGCUGAUGGAGGUUUCUUGAAUGAUAUCAAUCCUGAUAGCGAGAUCAUCUACCCUAACGCCAUGAUUGAGACGGGGUUUGACGAGGUGAAGCGUCGCGCGCCAUGGCCCGAGGCUGCUGGUGAGAGUGAACUGGGCAGGGGUGGUCCCGAGAGCAUCAGGUUUCAGGGAAUGAGAGUGGCAUACUUCGCCGUGGACUCGGACAGCACCGACAGCAAGGUUGUGUUGAACAAGAUUGUGUCACUCAAGGAAGACGCUGGCAAAAAUUAG